CAGCACCCCAACCCAAAACAAGUCGCUCCCAAGCUAGAGUGUUGGUCUCAUAGCCUACUUCUGCGAAGCGGUGUAAAUGUAAGUCUGUAGAGCUAAGCAGUGGUGUGUGCUCUGCAUGAUAUUAAUUUGAGGAUCCGAAGAAUGGAUAAUCUUCUUCACCAGUUGCCACAGAUUGAAGAGGGAGAUAUUCUGAAUUUGACUCUGACAGCGACUAGCGCAGAAGCUUCCCUGCGGGGCAGAUACAAGGGCACAGGGCGGCUUGUAGCGGUGAAACUAUUGCCAAGUCAUUCUACAUCUCAAAGUGGUGGUGAGAGAGUGAGGAACACCUUACAACCACACCAGGUGAAGGCUGAGAGACUUUUGGUUCCGCUUGGUGUGUAUCGGACGCGUUUCUUCUCUGGUCUGGUGUCGGAAUGGAUGACAGAGGGAUCACUGCAUUUACUCCUACAUGAGACAAAGCUGUACCCUGAAUUCCCCGUCUGCCUCCGCUUGCGCUUGCUCUGUGACGUUGCAGAGGGCCUGUCUCACCUUCACUCGAUCCCUCUUCCUCACCUGGCCCUCAGAGCCACGCACGUUCUCCUGGACCAGCAAUACCGCGCCAAGUUAUGCGAUUGGGGGCUGCCAGAGUCCUACCCCUCUCAAAGGGUCAGGCCCUGCUACAGAAACCUGGCCUACUUCUCACCAGAAGCAUUGCAUGGGAGUGGGAGUUCAGUGAAAACGGACAUGUACAGUUUUGGCGUCCUUCUUUGGGAAACAUUAAACAGACAACACACUUCUGAAGAUUUGGUACAGCAGCAGUUAAUAUUGCAUGGUGCAGAGCAAAGUUUGGAGCAGGGAUCAGAAAGCAGUUUGUUGCCGUCAGAUACACCCCAUCUCCAUGCCCUCACUGAGCUUGCUUUGAGUUGCUGGAACAGUGACCCCGAGAGACGUCCAUCUGCGGAAGACUGUAUUGGGGUCCUGAGAAUGGCCUUGCUUUCCUUUGACCCCAUGGCCCCAGGCAAAGCUGCUCUCCACUUGAAGGAGAUUAAGGAGAGGGCACUGCUGAGCUGUCAAGACUCACCAGCCUGGGAAAUUCCCAUUGAGCUGAACAAUCUUGAGAACUCUGCUGACUACAAGUUCAUGCAUUCCAAAACGCUGCCCAUGGAUAUCCCACGGCCUCCCUUACAGACUCCUACAUCGUCUGGAAGUAGCCCCAGCAAAGGCUCUCCUCUUCCCUCACCCCCCAGGAAUGGCCAACACAGGCGAGGCUGCUUCGGUGGGAAGAACCAGACCUCACCGUGCUCAGAAUCUCCCAAGGCCAGAGUCCAGUUGACCGGCAGAGCUUUAACAGUAUCCCCCCCUUUUAAGAGCCCCUCUCCACCCAGCUCCAACUCCAGCUCCAGAUCCACUCCCAUGGCACCUUCCCAUGCCCAGGCCAGAUCUAAGAACCCGGGCCUGCCGAGCUCGUCUCCCCUGCGCCGUGUGAGCUGCUGUGGCCUGCUGCUGGAGCGGCGUGAGCUCAUUGUCAGGUGGAUGACAGAGGGGCGCCUCAACCACCUGCUGGACGUGCUUCGCUCUCGCCAGGCCCUGAGCCACGAGGCCUACGAGAUCAUCACCGCCGCGGUCACUCUGGCGGCCCGCACACGCUGCAUGCUCGACACCUGCUGCUGCCUCGGGGAGAGGGUCGCCGCCCUGGUGGCGGUCACGCUCGGGCUGGUUUCUGCCACCUCCACCACCAUUGCCACCAGAGACAGAACUCAACUGGCUCACUGAAUCAGACAUUUUGGGAGUGCUGAUGACAGAGAGGCCAAAUUGAUGUGGAAAAAUGAAGAUGACAAAAAAGAAAAGAUCCAUCUUUUGCCCUUCCUGCUUUUGACUGUGUUACAUUAGGAAGCCAUAAGGAAAGAGUGAUCUUGAACUUCUUCCACUUAUUUUGAAGGGUCACUAUAAGGACUCUUAAUAACUGUAUGUAUUUACACAUGGAUUUCUUGCUUAGUUCUCAUAUAAAAAAACGUCCAAGUGUGUAUAAACACCAGAGUGUGUUGAGCACAAACACUGAAUGGACAGAAAGAGGACUUUGAGGACUGAGGAGCUGAACUAGCUGACUGUUUUAUCUUAACAGAAACACAGGCACUUAAACACGACUGAUGGGUGUGCCAAUGAAACUGACAAAAUGUGAACCUGAUAACAUUUGUUGUUAUGUUCCAUGCCACCUACCAGUAUAUACACCAUACACUUAAAACCAAUGUGGAGACAUUGUGGAAGUAUUUAAUCAGUGAAGGUGUGAAAGCUAUUAUCUUAAUGAAGAUGAAGGACACUCUCAGAACAGACGAAACCAAAGACUUUUGAAGCUUAUAAGUCUGUCUGUCAGAUUGUCUUAUGUGAGUGAUGUGUCACUUGCUAUCACCUGAUUAACUUUAUCAGGUGAUGUGGAUGCCCCACAUAGAAACAAAGUGUAUUUAAUGGCUCUUGUAGGUUUGGUGAAAGACUUAUCUAUCUGUAGUUUUUAUAAAACAUAUAUAUUUGCUUUGCAUGCUUUCCAGUUUCCUUUUCUGUUUUAAAUGCAUUUUAUCUUUUUGUGUUAAUUGUUUUUCAUGAUUUUCAAAAGGAUGAAAUAAUAUCAGUGAUCUAAACUUUAAAUCUAAACUUUGUUUUUCUGUACUGAGAGAACAAAUCUACACCUUUUGCUGGGGAAAUGUUCAUUGUAGAAAUGUAUGCACCUUACAGAAUUAUACAUCCAAACUGAUUUUAAUGUUUACUUUGCAUUGUGCCAUUAAGCACCAUUUUAAUAUGGAUAUAUCUGUUUUAUGUGGUCCUUUACGUACGGUUUUCCACAUGCUUGUGCUGAGUGGGGAGUCUGGGGACUAUGUGCUGAUGUACUGCUGUAUCUUGUAACAAGAGACUGGGUCAAAUAUAUUUUAUCCAAAAUUCCA